AUGGAAGCUAAAACAAUCAAGCAAUAUGUGGCUGUUAAGAAGGGCGGCCCCUUUCAAAUGGUGACUGGACCUUACCCGACGCCACGACCAGGUGAAGUGUGCAUUCGCAACCGUGCAGUCGGCCUAAACCCACUGGAUUGGAAGAAUCUGUACCACGGCGAGAUGGUUAAGUCCUGGCCUGAGGUGUUUGGAAUCGACACUGCUGGCAUUGUGGAGGCUGUAGGUGUUGACGUGACUGCAUUUCAGCCUGGCGAUGCUGUGAUGAGCCUAGCAGGCCACGGCGGAUGCGCGGGAGCGUUUCAGGAAGUCACUACAGUGCCAGAACACUUUGUCUGCAAAAAGCCAGUAGCUUGGACUUUUGAAGAGGCUUCAUCUGUUCCCGUCCUGGUUGUUGGUGGGAGUUCUGGGGUUGGCGCAUCGGCUGUUCAGCUACUGCGACAGGCAUUGCCGCUGGCCACGAUUCUGACAACCAAUUCCCCAAAACACAAUGACCAUAUUGUGAAACUGGGAGCGACGACAUGCAUUGACCGUCAUGAUCCGAACAUGGUCACUACAGCCAAGAGCGCUUCCCCCGCCGGCGGAGGAGUUGAUGCGAUAAUCGACGCAGUGGGAGGUGCCGCAGACAAUGCCAGGCUUUUCGACGCCCUGCGCCCGGAUGGUCCAAGGGUAUACAGCCAGGUGUUUACUGGCGACAAAAUUGCCAUCCCUGAUGGCGUGUCAUCAGUGGCCGUCUUUGGGCGCAUGAUGUUCCAGCUCCCAGGAGGAAUGCUUACCAUGAGCAAGCUCGUGGAGCUUGUGGACAAUGGAAAAUUCAAGCUCCCAUUACAGAUUAGCAUCGGUGGAAAGGACUUGAGGCGAUUGGCACGAGUUUGGAGAAGCUUAAGGCCGGGGUGA